GGACCAGCUCAGCAGCUUCUAUGUGUUAUGAGCAUCAGGAAGCGGCCACAGAAGCACGUAUUGGUAUAAAGCUGCACAGUUAUUAACAGUGGAGGACAGACAUUCGACCCACUGAGAAAAUAUGAAGUUCAUUUGGAGACUGUUGGCUUUUCCCUGGUUUAUAUGUCUUGCAGAUGAAGUCGCUCUCCAGGGUCCAGUCUUUACACAAGAACCUGCAAAUCUUAUAUUCCCCCUGGAUUCUGAGGACAGGAUACUGAGGCUCAGCUGUGAGGUUCAAGGGCACCCAAAACCUGCUGUUCGGUGGAGAGUAAAUGGGUCUCUCUUGGAUGAAGCUCAAGAUUACCGAUACAGAGUUCUGGAGAGAAGUCUUAUCAUCAACUCCCCAGAUCGGAACCGGGAUUCUGGAACCUUUCAGUGUGAAGCUACAAACUCACUGGGCAGUAUCCUGAGUCGAGAGGCUUUGCUCCAGUUUGCUUACCUUGACUCAUUCCAGACGAGGACACGCAGCACAGUGUCUGUGAGAGAAGGUCAGGGGAUGGUUCUGCUGUGCGGUCCCCCUGCUCAUUCUGGAGAGCUGGUUUACUCCUGGAUUUAUAAUGAGUAUCCACCAUUUGUACAGCAAGACAACCGUCGCUUCGUGUCACAGGUCACAGGAAAUCUGUACAUCGCUAAAGUGGAACCAUCUGAUGCUGGAAAUUACACGUGUGUGGUUACAAAUACUGUGACCAAUAGUCGGGAACUGGGGCCAAGUACUCCACUCACUCUAAGGACAGAUGGUGUGAUGGGAGAAUAUGAACCUAAAAUUGAAGUGCAUUUCCCUGAGUCUGUCCCAUCAGCCAAAGGAUCUACUGUCAAGUUGGAAUGUUUUGCACUUGGAAACCCAGUCCCAACAAUCACAUGGAGAAGAGCAGAUGGUAAAGCAAUUUCACGUAAAGUGCGAAGGCAUCGCUCCAGUGGUGUACUAGAGAUCCCCAAUUUCCAACAGGAGGAUGCUGGACCAUAUGAAUGUGUUGCUGAGAAUACACGUGGGAAGAACAUGGUUCGAGGACAGCUUACAUACUAUGCUCCUCCUAAUUGGAUCCAGAAGAUAAAUGAUGCUCAUAUAGCAAUGGAAGAAAACAUCCUUUGGGAAUGUAAAGCAAGUGGGCGUCCCAAACCUUCCUAUAUCUGGCUAAAGAAUGGUCAACGUCUACAAAGCAAGGGACGGCUGCAGAUUGAGUACGGAAGUCUGACCAUAACAUCUGUUAACACCUCAGAUUCUGGCAUGUAUCAGUGCUUGGCAGAGAACAAACACGGAACUAUUUAUUCCAGCGCUGAGCUUCGGGUUAUUGCUGUGGGGCCUGACUUUUCCAAAUCGUUUGUGAGGAGAGUGACUUUGGGUAAAGUUGGAGGAUCUGUUCUUAUUGAAUGUAAACCAAAAGCUUCUCCAAAACCCAAAAUUACUUGGAGGAGGGGCUUAGAGGCUCUUCGUGAGACCCCGAAACUCUCACUCUUGGAUGAUGGGGGCCUCAAGAUAUCCAAUCUGACCAAAAGAGAUGCAGGGAGUUAUACCUGUACGGCCAGCAACCACUUUGGCACAGCCAGCAGCACUGGUACACUAGUGGUGAAAGACCCCACGCAGGUACUUGUGCCACCAUCCAGUAUGGAUGUCACUGUUGGGGAGAGCAUUGUCCUGCCAUGCCAGGUGUCCCAUGACCAUUCAUUGGAUAUUUCCUUCUCCUGGUUGUUUAAUGGGCAGCUCAUCGACUUUCAAAAAGACGGGGAACAUUUUGAGCGUGUUGGGGGACAGGACUCAGCAGGCGAUUUAAUGAUCAGAAGUAUCCAACUGAAGCAUGCUGGGAAAUACAUGUGCCUUGUGCACACAAGUGUGGAUAAAUUGUCUGCUGGAGCUGAUCUCAUUGUAAGAGGCCCUCCUGGACCACCAGAUGCAUUGACUGUGGAAGAAAUCACAGACACCACAGCCCAACUCUCAUGGAUGCCAGGGGUGGACAAUCACAGCCCCAUCACUAUGUACACAAUACAGGCUCGGACUCCUUUCUCCGUGGGGUGGCAAGCAGUCAGCACAGUGCCUGAAGUGGUUGAUGGGCGCUCCUUUACAUCUACAGUUGUUGGCCUUAGUCCAUGGGUAGAAUAUGAAUUCAGAGUUAUCGCUAUUAACCAGAUUGGGAUCGGAGAGCCCAGCCCUCCCUCUGACAAGAGGAGGACCGAAGAGGCACUUCCUGAGGUUUCCACGGCUAAUGUUAGCGGCGGAGGAGGCAGCAAGAGUGAGCUGGUCAUCACAUGGGAGCCUGUUCCCGAGGAGUUCCAGAAUGGUGGAGGCUUUGGGUACGUGGUUGCAUUCCGGCCAUUUGGGACAGUAAGUUGGAUGCAGACGGUUGUGGCUUCGGCUGAUGCUUCACGAUACAUUUAUCGGAAUGAGAGUCUACCUCCAUUCUCCCCAUUCGAGGUUAAGGUUGGAGUGUACAACAAUCGGGGAGAGGGACCAUUUAGCCCGCUGACAGUGGUGUACUCCGCAGAGGAAGAGCCUGUGAGGGCUCCUGCUGGAGUUUUUGCUCGAAGUCUCACUGCCUGGGACAUUGAGGUGUCUUGGAUAGCAGUGCCUGCAAGUCAAAGCAAAGGAAGGAUACAAGGCUAUGAGGUUCGUUACUGGAAGCAGAAUGAGAAGGAACAGAGUGCCCGAAAACUCCGCACACUUGGAAAUCAAACAUCCACUAAACUGAGCCACCUGCAGGGACAUUCAUUGUACCACCUGAAUGUACGAGCAUACAACAGUGCGGGCACCGGUCCUGCCGGUGCCACAGUAAAUGUAACCACACGGAAGCCACCUCCCAGUCAGCCUCCAGGGAACAUCAUCUGGAACUCAUCCAAUUCCAAAAUCAUCCUGAACUGGGACCAGGUGACAGCACAAGAAGAUGAGUCUGAAGUAAAAGGUUACAGAGUUCUCUACAGAUGGAAUAGACAGGGAGGAGCCUCCAUGAUCGAGACCAAUCAGACUUCAGUUGAGCUAUCCUUGCCAUAUGAUGAAGAUUAUAUUAUAGAAAUCCGACCAAUCAGUGAGGGAGGAGAUGGUAGCAGCAGCGAACCAAUCCGCAUUCCUCGGAUAUCCAAUGCUUACGCACAAGGAUCAGGAGCUUCCACAUCUAACGCCUGCACCUUAUCUGCCAUCAGCACGCUAAUGAUAUCCCUCACUGCGCGCUCCAGUUUAUGACCCCGAGCCCCUUUUGGACUCCCAGAAAUGUCCAUCUUUUCCUGGAGAGUGAACAUUUUUGGGCUCCGUCUGGAUUAUCCUGAGGUUUCCCUCAGAAUCUGAGCUUCCUCCUCUCCCGCUGGGAGGAUCUUAUGCACUGACGACAUCUGGAAUAUGAUGUUACCAAAGCAGUUUACAUGCCGUAUAUGCAUAUUUUUUAUUAUUAUAUAUCUAGUGUUUUAUAGAGUUUUUUAAGGUUAACCUGAUGUAGAUAUGUUUUUUUGCUGUAAAAUGCUGCAGGUGUCUCAUACAAUUCUAUUCUGUCCUUCCACUUAAAUACAAAUAUAUUCCCCAAGGACAGUUAUAUUUUAUACAUAUGCUAUACCUUUCUAUGCCACAGGUCCAACAUUUUACAUCAACAAUAAAUUGAUGCCAGAUUAUGGAGCUUUAAAAAGAUAUUUCAAGGUGGCCAAAGACUGGCCAAUGCCAGGCUCCAAUUUUGUCCUUUUAAAAGUACUCGCUGGAAUGAUUGAUUUACAUUUGUCCAGAAUGAUCCUCAGACAAAUGGUUUUUUAUCAAAACAAAUAUGGAAAUUUUUCCCAACACCUGUUUGAACUUUGCAAGAAAUUUCUAGCAGAUAAAUUUACUGAUGGUUGAGGUCUGUUCUGUCCAGUUUCUGUAGAUGGUGUUAAGCAGUUGUUCAUAUCAAGCUUUUCUCACAGAGUUUAAAUAUGUCAAGUCCCCGUUCACUUGGUUCCAGAGAGAUUUAGAGGAUUCUGCUUUGUACAUUUGCAUCACUAACUUUUCUCCAGUUGUUUUAAGAUGGGGAAAUACCUGAACUGUUGUUAUUAGUGCAAAGAAAGAUAUCUGUCAAGACUGAGCUCACUUGUCUAUGUCCUGAAGAUAUGUUUGUUCCUUAAAUCUGGAUAAGGAACACUACUCAAAGAAACAGAACCAAAAUGACUUUCCAGCACAUGAAGACUGCGAUGUGAAAACUAGGCAAUGUUUAAAGCAUUAGAGAUAAUAUGAGACCCAACACAUCCAAGUGUGUGGAUAACCAUAAUCAACUUUCUCAGAGUAUCUCUGAAACCCAAUGGAUUAUUAGUUAGAGAACCUGAUGUAAUAAGUGCAAUGAUAAAUCCAAGAUUUUAAUGUAUGUUACAGAAGACAAAUCUUAUCUUACAUCUACAGAUAAUAUAUACUUUACCUAGAGGUGAUAUAAAAACACUAUACCUAUUUAUUUGUAGGUAUAACUGAGAAAGAGUUAAGAUAAAUGUGAAGGGUGAUUGUGUGUAUAUAUUUUUUAAUUUCAUUGUUUUUAAGAACACUUAUUCUCAGGGUCUUUGUUGAAUGGAAGGUUUUCCUGCAUCACCAGGUUUAUAUCUGAGGGGACUGCCAUGUUUCUCCAUAUCUCCAGCUUUAGAUUUGAGGGCUGAAUGGGUAGCCAUGUAUCUUCCUUUCUCCAUCUUAAGAUAUGAAGGCUACAUGGAGGACUCUGAACUCCAUAUUGCCUAUUAUAAUCUUAAGGCUGAGAAUAGGAUGUUUCUCACCGUAUCAAUAGCUUGCACAUUCAGAGCAGAAUGCAUUUUUUCCUUGAUCAGUUGUGCUUUGCAGAUUGAGUGGAUGGUUAUUUUGUUUCAGCUGUUUAUGAGUUUGGAGUAGAAGGUUUAUAUUAUUGUUGGGUUUAGACUGAAAUAAAUGACCUCUCAUUCAACAACUUGUGAUCCAGAGAUACAUCUCUUUAUCACUAGCUUGUUUCCUUGGCAAUAUAGUAGUGGACAUUGUGAUCUGAUGGGCAAGUGUCAAUGUCUCUUUCCUUAUCACCAGCCUGUGAACUCAAGAUAAAGGAUAGAUCUCUUUGUCCUUCAUUCUACUGAGUUGUGUAAGACUGAGUUAAGUUAUAGCUGUUGAUGGUUUAACAUGUGGUAUAAAGAGCUCUGACAUAUUUUAGAGAGACCUGAUGAGAUGCAUUAUUAACAUUCUAGGCCACAUGGUCUAAAGCUCUCCACUCAGGUGAGAUGAUCUCAAAGGUGCCUGAAAGAAUUUUAGAAAUGCAAACUUUCUUAUACAAUUCAGAGUUCUGGUUAGAAUUUAGAGACUUCUACAUUACAAUAUAAGGUGUAAAAAAAAUCCCAAAGAUUUUGUGUGAUUUCUCUACAUGCUGGCAAGCUUUUGAUCAUCGGACUCUCUGGAAGGGGUCACUUGGCCUAUUUAAAAUUAGCUGAUAUUUGUGAGGGUGCAUGGUGCAAUUCAUUAUUAGUGUGAGAACCUGAGACAAUAUGAGAUUGUAUGACUGAGUCAUUGUGAAAAAGAACAUAUAUGUUGUGGGAAGAAUUCCCUAGUGUGGUAAGAGUCAUCUCACAUCAAGGAAGUAGCUACAUGACACAUUUUGAUAUACAUCUAUUGGUGAGUUUUGGAAGGAGCUGCCUCAUGCACAAAUCUUAAUGAAUGUUUUUUUUAUUAUAGUGUUAGAGAUCUAGUGAGCAUCUGAUGGGUAGUAUUUUGGACUCAUAAUUAUAUAUUUAUGUGGUCAUUGGUUGCUGGAUAUUACCUCUGUAUCAGCUGCUAAACCUGAUUAACUAGGGAUAAUAGCAUUUAGUGGUAGCACUUACAGCCCAUCGUAUUGGCCUCUCAGAGAAUACCAGUUUUGCUGCCUCUCCUUGUGAUUGCAAAAUUUCACAAAAGUAUAAAACCCAUGUACCUUGGAAAAAGCAGCAUUACCAUCACACACACUAAAUAAUAGUCUCUACGUUUAGAGAAUGAAAACCAAUUAAAAAAUAAACAUUUUUUGGUCCCUGUUUUUGGUGGGUUUACAACAGUUUUCACCUGUACUAACAUCCUGGAGUCUGAUUGUAAAUUGAUAUGUCUGAGGUGUAUGAUAGGUCUCUUGUAUAUUCAGUUUGAUUCAUCUGCUCUUUCCAGCUGUCAGAGAAGAAUCUCCAGAGCAGAGUCCAUCUGUCUCACCUUCUGCCAGUGGAUAAAUUAGGGAGACUGGACAUUAUUUUUACACCAUAGUCUCAGACUCCAGUGCUUAAGAAGUAUAGAGAGGCCUGUACAUACUUUGCUUAAAGGGACAGUCUACACCAAAAUUGUUCUUGUUUCAAAAGAUAGAUAAUUCUUUUAUUACCCAUUCCCCGUUUUUGCAUAACCAACACAGUUAUAUUAAUAUACUUUUUACCUCUGUGAUUACCUUGUAUCUAAGCCUUUGCAGACAGCCUCCUUAUCUAAGUGCCUUUGACAGACAUGCAGUGUAGUCAAUCAGUGAAGACUCCCAAAUAACUUCACGGGAGUAAGCACAAUGUUAUCUAUAUGACACAUGUGAACUAGCACAGUCUAACUGUGAAAAACUUUCAAAAUGCUCUGAGCUAGGAGGCGGUUUUCAACUGUUUAGAAAUCAGUUUGAGACUAGCUAGGUUUAACUUUUCAAAAAUACCACCAAGGGAACAAAGCAAAUUUGAUAAUAAAAGUAAAUUGGAAAGUUGUUUAAAAUUGCAUACCCUAUCUGAAUCAUGAAAGUUUAGUUUUGAGUAGACUGCCCCUUUAAGCACAAGUUUACCAAUCACUGAUUAGUUAACUUGAACUCAAGUAGGAGGAUAUACCAUGACUGGAACUUGAGCAGUGGAUUAUAUAAAAGUAUAAAAAAGCCAUUAACCUGCACUUCACAAGGAAUGUAAGCACUGUAAAAACCUUGUACAUUGAUAUAUACGUAAAUAUAUAAAUAAUCAGAAGCAAUGAAAUAAUGUCAAGCCUCUUAAUGUAGUAACAGCUGUAUUAUGCUGCAGACUGUGAUAUUCAUAUUGAGAUAAAAGUGCUGUGUAACAAAUCAUUGUCUGCUGGUACACAGUAACCUAAGUCCUUGCUCUGCAUUAUGGGAAUAUAGCUGCAACAUGAUUAAUAGGAACUGAUCACGUGGCGAAAGCGGUGGUGUGAGCCCAUCUCUUUAGUAGUGAUCAGAACGGUCACACAGAGCUCUACUGGCCUCUGUACCUUACACAAAGAAGUGUCCUUGUUCCAAAAUAACUAAACAGCUUUCACAUUGGCUGCAGUAUAGGAAUAAAGUCAUUUUUUGAUGUACAGUGCAGAUGAUGAGCCUGGUAUCCUUCUAAGUAUAGGAACGUAUCUGUGCACCGUGUACAUCAGUGCAGGAACAGAAGCAGCAUACUCUGCCAUUAUGGAACCAGAACAUGUCACAAACAGUAAGAUCAACACAGAUCUCUGCUAUGCAGGAAGUAGACCAUAUUGUGCAUGGUAGUUAAGGACAGCACAGACCUCUGCAGUAUAGGAUUAGGGACAGGGUUAUGUCAUAAACAAGAGUAUAAAAAAAACACCACCGUUCUCUGCAAUAUAUGGAGAGGGCUAUGUCUAAGCUACGUGCUCCGUUGGGUUGGUUGAGAGUUAAGUAAAGCACAUAGAUACUAAAGGCACUUUAUUUUUUUACCUCUGCUCUAGAGCUCUGGAGAUUCACGCCUGACACUAAUUUGCUUCUUUGUGGUUCUGUUUACAAAUAUCCAGUAUGCAAUUUUUCUUAAGGUAUCUGUACAGAAACAUGUCUGCUAUGCGGUUAAUUAAAAUUCUGUUCCUAAGGAUCUGUGUCACAUUGGACAACGGGUGAUUUUAUUUGUCUUUUGGAAGCAGCAACUUGAUUGCUUGUUCUGUUGUGCCUUGUCCUGUAAUGCCAUUAACAUUAGUCACUGGCGCUGACAUUGAGUGUGCUGUGUGUUUGUGUCCUGUGGUUCCUGUUGUCUGAAAAUAUUCCACUGUGUGUCUUUGAUAGACCCUCUCAAUACCUUUCUCUACAGUUCUCAGUUCUCCACUCUCUCUUGCUUAACCAGUUCCUAUGUGAUUUUAUUCACUCGCUCAUUAAGGCUCAUUCACCUCUCUGUUUGUUAAUUAACUAGAUUUAUAGACACAAAUACAAUUGGAAAUAAUUUAUUUAGUGAAUUUUGUAUGCAGAACAUGCCUCAUUUUAAAUGUACGGGUGUCUAGGUCACAUGUCCCUAGUGCCAUUCUACAGUGGCAAAUUUUAUUCCUUUCUAAUGAAUGUUCUUGAGUAUCUCCCUCUGUAUUUGUAGAACUGAACUCUAGCAGAGAUCAAUGUAUUUAUUUAUUUUUGGCCUUACUCUCAACAGCUCAUUUUCCACGCCCCAAUUUUGUAAAGAUAAGCCAGAAGACACCCAUAAAAGCAUACUGCAUUAUAAAGAAUGAUAAAGUAUGAUAAGUUUGGUUAAAAAUGAAAACAGGAACAUUAUAUGAUUAAAAUGACUUUGUAUUUUCAAA